CUGGAUACUACAGUACUUCAAUUUCUACAUGUCAGCCAUGCAAUACAUGUAAUAACGACAAAUGUGAUCCUGAUACUGGUGUUUGUAGUAAUGGAUGUAAAGGCGGUUAUUAUGGUGAUAAAUGUGAAGACCUAUGUAGUUAUGGGUGUUUAAACAAUCAGUGUAAUGAAAUAGGCGGUAGCUGUACAUGUAAAGACGGUUACUAUGGUGAAAAAUGUCAGCAGAUCUGUUCUAGUACAUGUUAUGAUAGCAGAUGUGAUCGUAAUACUGGUGCUUGUAGUAAUGGAUGUACAGACCGUUAUUAUGGUGAUAAAUGUGAAGACCGAUGUAGUGAUGGGUGUUUCAACAAUCAGUGUGAUCAGAUAGGCGGUAGCUGUAUAUGUAAGGACGAUUAUUACGGUGAUACAUGUCAACAGCCCUGUAGUGCUAACUGUAUAAACAGUAAUUGUUCCAUUACAUUUUCAUCACCAGAAUGUACAGAUGGUUGUAUUGAUGGUUAUCAAGAUUCUUAUUGUCAAUCACCAUGUCCUGUUAACUGUAAAACAUGUCAACAAGAUGGAUCAUCAUGUAUUGCAUGUAAUCUAGGAUGGUUUGGUACAAACUGUUUUUCAUCAUGUUCUAGUAACUGUGUCGGAGGAUGUGAUAAAAUGGAUGGUAGAUGUACUAACUGUAUUACAGGACGAUAUGGCGAUAAAUGUGAGAGUAAAUGUACGAGAUGUGAUGGUGGAUGUAGAAGAGGUAAUGGUAGAUGCACUGACUGCAUUGCAGGAAGAUAUGGUUAUAGAUGCGAUGAGUACUGUAGUGUCGGAUGUGUUGGUGGGUGUAGCCGAAAUUUGGGUAAAUGUACUAACUGUAUUGCAGGAAAGUAUGGUUAUACGUGUACUAAAAACUGUAGUACAGGAUGUGAUGGUGGUUGUGGUAGAUAUUAUGGAGAAUGCACUAGCUGUAUAGAAGGCAGAUAUGGUAACGGAUGUUAUCAGAGAUGUAGUACAGGAUGUGAUGGUGGAUGUAAUAGGAAUGUUGGUAGAUGUACUAACUGCAUUAUAGGAAGAUAUGGUUAUACUUGUGAGAAGAACUGUAGUACGGGAUGUGAUAGUGGAUGUGAUAGAAAUGUUGGUAAAUGUAUAUCUUGUAUAAAAGGUAAAACAGGAGACAUAUGUGAUAUCAACUGUAAUAAUAAUUGUACGAUUUGUAGCCAGGGUAGUGCUGACUCCUGUACUGAAUGUAAAGAUGGAAGAUGGGGAUCAUCAUGUAAUAAACUAUGUAAUAUUAACUGUAAACCAGUCGUUGGUAGAACUGUUGAUAAAUGUAAUAUAACAAGUGGAUUAUGUACUGAUGGAUGUAAAACAGGAUUAUAUGGUAUAGAUUGUAAUAAGGAUUGUCGUUCUAACUGUAAAGAUGGUUUAUGUGAUCAGAUGACAGGAAAUUGUAAAAGUGGAUGUUUACCUGGUAAAAUAGGAUCGAACUGUACAGCAGAUUGUGCAUCAGGUAGUUAUGGUGACAACUGUACCAGUAAAUGUGGUAACUGUGCUGAUGAAAGACCAUGUGAUAUAAUUACUGGUAGUUGUGGACUUGCUGGUUGCGCUGAUGGCUUCCAAGGCCCAACUUGCCAGGAUUGUGCAUCAGGGAGUUAUGGUGACAACUGUACCAGUAAAUGUGGCAACUGUGCUGAUGAAAGACCAUGUGAUAUAAUUACUGGUAGUUGUGGACUUGAUGGUUGCGCUGAUGGCUUUCAAGGCCCAACUUGCCAGGAUUGUGCAUCAGGGAGUUAUGGUGACAACUGUACCAGUAAAUGUGGUAACUGUGUUGAUGAAAGACCAUGUGAUAUAAUUACUGGUAGUUGUGGACUUGAUGGUUGCGCUGAUGGCUUUCAAGGCCCAACUUGCCAGGAUUGUGCAUCAGGGAGUUAUGGUGACAACUGUACCAGUAAAUGUGGUAACUGUGUUGAUGAAAGACCAUGUGAUAUAAUUACUGGUAGUUGUGGACUUGCUGGUUGUGUUGAUGGCUUUCAAGGCCCAACUUGCCAGGAACGUGUACCUGUUUCUACAAGUACCACAUUAAGUCCUGUGGUUUCUGCUGUGAUUGGUGUUUUAUGUGGUCUAUUUGGCAGUGUAGUUGUUGUCCUCUCGUAUCAUUUGUACAAGAAAAGACGCCAGUCAAGUCCAAGUCCACCAAUUGAAGAAAUUAUUCCCGAUUACAUUUACACCCCUAUUUAUUUAAACCCGACUAGUUCUACAACAGAUGAAAUUAUUCCCGAUUACAUUUACACCUCUACUUAUUUAAACCCGAUUAGUUCUACAACAGAUGAAAUUAUUCCCGAUUACAAUUACACCUCUACUUAUUUAAACCCGAUUAGUUCUACAACAGAUGAAAUUAUUCCCGAUUACAUUUACACCCCUAGUAAUUUAAACCCGACUAGUUCUACAACAGAUAAUGCAUUAGCCACUAGAUAUCAAAAUAUUCCUGAUUACAUUGACUUUCCUAAUGAUUUAAACCCAACUAGCUCUACAACAACUGAUAGAUUAACCACUGGACAUCAAAAUAUUCCAACUAAUACAAGUAAUGUAGUGCAUGAAAACCAGUCGUUUAAUACAGAAAAAGAUACGAACAAUACGUAUGAUACAUUAGAUGAUAUAGUAGAUGAUACGCCUAAUACGUAUAUGUCUAUAGAAUAGAAAUAAUACUGUAUAUGGUACAUAAGACAUAUGUAUGGUAUA